CUGAAACUGAUUGUGAUACAUGAUCGUGUCUCUUGCCGAAAUCUGUGUUUCUCCUCCCAUGGAUUUAUAGUGGUUCCGUCUGCCAGCACCUCAGGUCUCACAAACAACAUGUCCACACCCGAUCUCUCUGUUCAGUCGCUGUUCAAUGUGAAGGGCAAGAUCGCUCUCGUCACAGGUGGCGGUACUGGUAUCGGAAAGACUAUUGCCUCAGCACUCGUACAGAAUGGUGCAAAGGUCUAUAUUGCUGCUAGGAAGGAAUCCCAGUUGAAGGAGACAGUGGCUGAGCUUAAUGCCAAAGGCCCUGGAUCUGCAGACUACAUCGUAGUGAACCUCGGCUCGAAAGCUGGCACAGACGCUCUGAUAUCCGCUCUGGAGGCCCGAGAGCCUGCGAAGAAAUUACACAUCCUUGUGAAUAAUUCAGGUGUUUCGUGGGGGUCGUCCUUCAAGAGCGUUCCAGAGGACAGGGGGUGGGACCAUGUCAUGGCCGUGAACGUCAAGAGCUUGUUCUACUUGACGUCCGGGCUAUCAACCUGGCUUGCAAAGGAUGCGAGUGCACUCGAUCCCGGCCGCGUGAUUAAUAUUUCAUCAACUGCAAGUGUUUCACCUCACGUGGAAAGCCUGGUUAGCGCAGAUGGGAAUGGGACAUGGAGUUACAGUGUCAGUAAGGCCGCAGUGAAUCACCUGACAUCAAUCCUGGCUGUCAAGUUGGGAUCACAGAAGAUCACUGUUAACGCGAUCUGCCCUGGGAUGUUCCCCACAAAGAUGACAGCCUUCGGAUUUAAGAACGCAGGUGAGGAAAAGAUCGCAUCCCAACACCCCAUGGGUCGUGUUGGCCGCCCUUCGGACCUCGCUGGUCUCGCACUUUUCCUUGCGUCUCCUGCGAGUGCGCAUGUCACAGGCGCACAUAUCCUUCUGGACGGUGGUUCAACAUUGUCAAAUCAAGGGAUUGCACCGAGGGUUAAACUAUGAUUUAUCACUGCAUAGGACGCUUCAUUUGUAUAAUUCUCGAUUGUGCAUUCUGCGCCCGAAUCUCGUAUUUAACAUUAUUGCUACAGCCGCAGUACAAAUCCAGUUGUCCAUGAAGUCCUUGUUGUCCAUGACCAAACCAAGCGGAACAGCCAGAACGGGGUAUGAU